AAGAAAAGCUGUUUGGGCAGGCUCACAUGCCUGGUGGCUUCAGUGCAGCUUGCAGCAGCCCCGUCACACAAAAAACAAAUGAUCAGAAGGCCUGCUAUAGACCUGGACUGCCACUGUGCCAGCUGAAUGAAGAUAGGUACUCAUUCCAAACGGGCAGCUGUGCAGCUGUGUGCAAGGAACCAGCCGGCCUGGUGAGCGUUUCUCUGGACACGGACCUCGGGGUAUGUCGACAGAGGAGAAAGCCUGAGCCCUGGAACCAGAUUUUAGGGCUACAAGGCCAGAGUGCAGACUUCAGUCCAUCACAGUCAGAAUGGCCAAUGGCUACCAAAGAGUCUCUCCUAGACUCCAGCAGUACUGACAGGAUUCAGAUGAUUGAUCCAGAGUACACUGAUGGAAGCAUUAUGCAGGCAGUGGAGCCAGAACAGGAUCAAAGCGACACCUUUCAUAGCCUCAUGGAGGAUGAUAAGAGCAUCCUUGUCUGUCUGGCUAAUGACAGUCUGAAAGAACAAAACUGGAGCGGUCACUCGUGUCCAGUCACCACUAAUGAUGUUACAGCAGAAGCCAGCACUGAGACCUUGAGGUCAUAUGAGUCUGCCACCAAGGUAAAAAGUGUAGAUAAGCACACCUCCCCUAUGCCCUGCGUCCCCACCUGUGAUGCGAUGAUUGGCACUGAGGUGGUGCAGUGCCUGUCAGUCUUUACUCAAACUGAGGACCUGGAAACAGCUGACAAACACAUUAACACUGAAGUGCACAUGGCAGAUCUGGACUAUAUCGCCAAGGAAUUUCUCAAACUGAAGAAAACACAGGAAGGGAAAGAGAAAACAAAAAGUGUUGGCGGCAAGUUGAGAAAAGAGUGUGAGUGUAUGGACCGUGCUCAGCAAGCAGAGCUAGCCCUCCUGGCACUGCAGUACAGCAUAUGCAGACAGCACUGCUGGAGACUAUACUACACCUCUACUGAGGGAAACCAGCUCACCCUAGUGGCAAAGAAUCCUCCUUCAAACAUUAUACGUGCUCUCCAAAAACUGGAGUUGGACUAUAAUGAGAUGAAGAGUAAGAUCCAGGCAGGGCUUCCCCUGCAGCAACUGAAGCCUUUAUCUGUUGACUCUGGCGAGAUACUCACAGGAUCAAGUUACAUCCCUGCACAGAUCAUUCGUGAAGUUUUGGGAGAAAUCUCAUCUUG